AUGUCUUUUGCUACCCUGCCCACCGAGAUUGUUCUCUAUAUCCUCGAGGGUUUGGUACUCGACAAUGUUGACGGCAUCUUGCCCGGCACCGAUACGGAGUCGCUCUGGAAUGCGUCCGAGGCUAUAUCACUCGUUUGCCGAGACUGGAAGGAGAAGGUGGACAGCAUAACCUCUCAGAUCUACCGUGUUCCUGUAGUUGGUGCAAGACACACAUACACCUCGCGGGGCCAAAUCCUCGGCUUACUCGUCCACUUCAUCGUGUGCAGUCGGGUGAAUGUGUCGGUCCUCUCAUACGCGGGACAUCCGGAUGAUCUGGCUCACGGAGGACCGUACAUCGCUAUCCACUACUGGCAUACGCGCUGGCAACUAUGCGUAGCAAGCUACCGAAGCAAAUUGGAUAAUGUCACGCAGAUGGUAGUUGGAGGAUGGGACCGGUUUCGACGCAGCGAGGGAAGACAUGACAUACAGGUUCUCCGAGAAUAUCUCGCUCUUCCGAGCAUAAAGUAUAAACGUCGACUCGGUUACAUGGUGUUCUUCGACGUAAUCCUACAAACGCAUGUAAAGAUGAUGUUCGCGGCGGCCGAGAUCAUUGUUACGUCCCUGGAGAUUUUCGAGACCUUGUUGCGAUUUGGCGGCUCUGACCGCAUAACGCCUGAGAUUAUCAAGGAACAGUUCACGACGGGCUUAGACCUCGUUGAACAAUGGAGCAACCCAAACAUGUACUCAACGGAUGCGCUGAACGCAUGCGUAAAGGGUUCAACGCCCGAUUACUUCAGUUCGGAGGUUGACCGGGAAAAGCUAGAGCAUGAUCUGUCGACCGUCCUUCGGAAUCCAGAUAUCCCUUACCUAAUAUCUGAGGUUGUGGUGAUGAGCGGUAUUCGGGCUCCAAUCAAAGGAUUGUCAAUGAGUCACGUUGAGGAAACGUUCAGCGAGGCAGCCCGGAGAGCUAAGGCCUUCUGUCGUCGGUUCGACGACGGCAAGAGCUGUACGUAGUCGUCGAAAAUAAUUUGGGCCUGCACAC